CGACCUUAUCCACAGGAAUAUUGAUAUCAUUCGACUACCACCAAAAACAACCUCAGUUCCCCAGCCUUUGGAUGCAGGGACCAUUCGCUCAUUUAAAGUGAAAUAUAGUCGGGAUAUGAUUCGUGUUGUAUCCAAGUGGCGAGCAGAGGCAGAAUCUGGCAAAGCAAUUCCUAACAAUCUGCUGUGGCCAUGCCUUAGUUCUGCUUGGGACGCUGUGACAAAGGUCACCAUUAGCAUCUGUUUCGCCCGCGUCCUUACUAUACCUCCAGAAAUUAAGGAUCUUUUACGAACGGCCGACGAUCUCGAUAACGACAACAAAGACGUGGAACAGCUCAAGCAAGAGAUAAUGGAAUUGUACCAUGAUCGUGUAGAAGCCAUCAAGAAACAGAACUGUCUCGACUGACGAGAAAUUCAAGAUGUUCUUUCUAUCUCCCGGGAGUGUACGACUAGUCGACGAGGAUGACAAGGAUGAGGAC